AUGUCGGGAAAACGAAAGCUCAUAUCUGCUCCUGUCCUUGAGACAACUACCAAUCCUCUGGUACAACAGCAUGCUCAGAAUCAACAUACCCAUCCAGCAUCGCAGUCUCACCAAGGGCACCACGCACAUAGUCUCAGUAUAUCUUCCAAUUCCUCGGCCUUAUCCCAAGGAAAUCAGAGUUAUCUAGACUCGCCGACGUCAUUUUUCGCGCCAGACCAAAGCUUCGCAUCUCGACCUUCUAUUAGUGUCGCUGGCUCUAUUACGCCAACUGCGAGUGGCAGACACGGUAGCUUUGCCGCAUUCAAUAUGUCGUCCAUCUUCUCGAGGGGAAAGCAGGGGAGCUCGAGUGAAAAAGACUUGAAGAUAUCGGCUCCGCGACCUAGGUAUGUUCUUUAA